AUGUUUCUCGGAAUCAGCACCGCCUCCUGGCUCGUGAUAGGCAUCAUAGGCGUUGGCUUGUGUCUUGUCGUGAAACUCUUUGAGACUUCGCCGGUUCCUAAUGACAUUCCUCGGGCUUUGAACAGGAAGAGUCUCCUAGGGCGUGCUGUGGAGCGUUUCGUUGGCGUCAACCCCAUAAGUUUCAUUCGCGAGGGUUAUCAGAAGUACUCCAAACAUCAAAAGCCAUUCGUGCUGCCCAGCGUCGCUGAGGGCGAUGAAGUUCUUCUUCCAAAAGACCUGGCCAAGCACGUUUUGUUUUCGAAAGAAAAUGAAUACAGCUUCAAAGCUUAUAUUACUGGCUUUUUCCAACUGAAGUACACCAGCUGGCCGCUGGCCUUUGCUAAUAAAUAUGACAACUAUGUCAAGCUCAUCAGUAAAGAUCUGACGGAAACCCUCAAGACGGACACGGUUGCAAGAUCACUGGCUGAGGAAGCCCUAUCAUGUCUGAAAGACCUCUGGGGCGAAGAUUCUGACAAAUGGGUCGAGAUCAACUUGUACUGUGCAAUGGAGAAGAUGGCGUCGCGGAUGAUCAAUGUGCUUGCGAUUGGACCAGGCCAUAGCGACGACGAGAUUCUUUUGAAUGCCAUGGCACAUUGCUCGGAUGCCAUCGUCUUCGGGGCCAGUAUCAUAAAGGCGUUUCCGUCUUUCCUUCACCCAGUCAUCGGGCCCAUUGUAGGAAUGGUCAAUAGAUACUUCGAGGUGAUUUUCCACAAGCGCAUGAAGCCUAUUAUUGAGUCCAAGAUCAAAGAACAGCAAAAUCAGACGGAUCCCGAAGCCCAAGAGGAAACGCUGAAGUCUAUUGAUAGCUUGCUGGACCUGCUCAUUCGGGCCGGACUCCGCAGCAAAUGGCCGAUGGAAGCCACGUCCAUGUGGCUAUCAUAUAGAAUCUUCAUGAUCAAUUUCCCGGGCGUACACACGACUGCAGUGUCCGCUACAAGUGUUCUUCUUGAUAUUUUGAGUGAUCCGGUUGAUGAGAACCUUGUCAAUCAUCUCAGAGCUGAAGUUGAGAGCAUUGCUGGUAGUUCAAGUGGGGACUGGACGGCAGAGGACCUGGGAAGGGCUGCACUGCUGGACAGUGCUGUGAAAGAGAGCCUCCGGUUGAACGGCAUUAACGCUGCCAGCCCGACGAGAAAGGUUGUCGCCCCCAAUGGUGUCAUUCUUGCGAACGGUCUUUUCCUGCCUUGCGGGACAAAGGUUGGGAUCCCCCAGUAUGCCCUCCACCGGGAUGAGGAAUUCUAUCCGGAAGCGGAUAGAUACAAUCCCUACCGAUUUUACACCGAGAAUGCAUCUGAAAGUGAGAGACGUCAGAGUUCGAUGACCACGCCUAGCGAUGAGUAUGUGGUCUUCGGUCACGGUCGUCGGCAGUGCCCUGGACGCUUUAUCUUCGCCCACAUUUUCAAGGUGUUCAUCGCGGAGAUGCUACUAAACUAUGACAUUCAGCCUAUCUUAGUGCGUCCUAAGAUUCACAGAUGGGGCCGUUUCCAGCUGCCACCUGUGACCACAAAGCUCACUGUGCGGCGUAAGAAGCGUAACUCGGUUACGUGUGAAUGA